AUGUUGAGCGAAAUGACUUCCUACAUAUGUUCCAUGGUGGAUCUCGACGCCAACCGAUUUUAUUCUAUUUCCAGACCUCCCACGGGCGAGCUCCUUCAUCAGCAUUGUCCCAUUCGUGAUUUGGCUGCCUCGUGGGAUGCGACUACAGUGCUGCUGGAAUGCCACAAUGUUGGAGAAGCAGAGCGAGAAAAACUCCAAUCGGCUAUAAUUGGUACCCUACAAGCAUAUCCAGUUGUGUAUGGAGACGAAGGGGUUGCAUGGCUGGAUCCAGACCAUUUGCAGGAACCUUCGAAUAUUGCUCAUUCGGCGUUGUAUCUAUUGGCGUGGCUGGGAGCCGUUCGUCUCGACUUUGCACUUCCCCACGACAAUGACAUCGUCAAUGGUCUGACUAGGGGAAUCUUAUCACGACAAGGACUGGAAGGCGCUUUCAAAAGUUCUUUUCUUAGCGAUGAUGUCUACACGGGCAUUGAUUUCUUCCCAGGAGAAGCCAUGGUUGGGUUGAUGCAAGUCUAUCAACAUCAACCGGAAGCUAGCGCCAAUUAUUGUGCUCUGGAAGACAGUAUUCGAGAAAGAAUUCUUUCAAGUAUGCACCAAGCCUUCCGGUUCUACUCGAACUACUACCAUCAAGGCGAUACCGAUACCAAUUACAACAUUUGGCAAAUCCAGGCAUUUACCCGGUUUUGGAAUGCCCUUUUACAGGCGGAACAAACUGGUAAUGGGAAGCAGGCAGAACAAGAGAUUGCUGCGUAUAUUCUGGACAUGUGUGAGGAUAUUCCUAAAUCAGUGUCUUGGAAACUGCUGAAACGAGGGAGGAGCUUCUACCCCAACCUUCAAACCGUGGAGAUUGCCUGUGGAUUGGACGCUUUGGCACAAGGGCUCGGUGUGGCAGCUCAUUAUGGCAAGGACGAAGAAUUGUACCUUCUAAAACAUUACAGCAAUCAUGCCUUGCAAUUCCUUCUUCAUGUGCAGGAACAAGUCCCACAGGAUGCCUUGGUAGGGCAUGGUGGUUUGGGGUUUGGAGGCGUGCAGGUGCUAGAGCAAAGGCUAGACGUGACUGGGCAUGCCAUGAGCGCUCUUGUCGGGCUCAUACGGCCAACCAAGUGA